AGCUGGUUUGAUCCCUGUGGGUAAUCGUUUUGGGGUUGCUUGGAGGUCUGUGCCCUUUCGUGGGGUAUCAUGAUUGGGAACGUUUGGCGUGCGCAUCUGGGUUCCUUCGUGCUAUCAUCAUCGGCCUCAUAUGGUCACCGACGUCGCUACUUAUGUAGACCCCGCAGAUUCUUCUGAGUGGAUGCGUGUCAGAUCACACAGGAACUUCUCACGAGAAUAGACAUGCCUUGCUGAUCUUUAUGCACUUUGAACUGCUCCGAACUUCUGGAACGAUAUGGACACGGCUACAGCUAUGGACGUGCAAGGUGUAUAGGAGAGAUGCCGGGCCGUAUGAGAGUUAACCUGUGAGCAAUAGAAAGAAAAACAACAAGUAGCAGUCUUCUUCGAAGAUGCGCAUGACGUGGUCACGGAUGGUAGCGCCUUUCUUUCUGAGCUCACUCUCGGAGGUUCGAGUCCUGGAUGGACGCAUGUGGGAUGCAGGCGAGGAAACUCUCCACUAUUGUCGAGACUUAUUUCCACUAAAUUGUUCUUAUUGCUGCAUUUCUAAUUAAAACCCGAGAUGUUUCGAUCGAAUUGAGCUUUCAUUAGGACACAGUUUCCAUGUAGUAGUUUACAAGCGUUCAAUAAUAAUCAAUUGUUCCUCCGCGACGCGCCUGGGCUGGGUUCCUAGGAAGACCGCUCCAAGCGGGAGCUCCGCUUUCAUUUCUUAAUGAGCCACUUCAACUGAGGAAAGAACAAAAGACUUCACCCGUCAACAAGAUGUGAAUUUUUUUUUUGUGGCUGGCUCCAGUUGUAUUAGUGUUCAGGAGACCGCACAAUCAUAGAUACUACGGCUGAAGGUAUGAAUAAAAGAAGAAAUACGGCUCACAGGUGCUCCUUCUUGCUCAUCGCGCUUGUCGUGUACGUAGUCACUCCAGCAUGCUUUCCCCGGCGGAGAUCCGCAAAAUGACCAAGCGAAAAACAAAAGCGGCAACGAUCCUCCCAUCAAUUUGAUGCUAGAGCUCUGAGAACCACAGACACCCGCGCCAACUAUGGCCAGCGCGUUGAGAAUGGUGCCCAUGGGUUACCUUAUUCGCCUGGCGGUCUUGGUCAUUUUUGUGGCUUAUCCUUUGGACCUUGAUGGUGGGGCCUUGAUCGGGUUCCAUUCAUGGCCAACAGUGUGCGACUUGUAACGUAUGCUCUACCAGUAGCUAUAACCACGAUGAAAAUGCGUCCGAUUUUUCCGCUGAAGCGGAUGCAAAUUGCACUCUGUCGAGGUGCGCCGCUUAGGAUGCCACUAAAGCAGGGGAAAUUUAAUGUCGCAGCGCACGGAUACUUUGAUAACCAUCUUCGCCGAUUUUCUCUCUUGGCAACGCCCAAGAGUGGUCAUGUUCCGCUGCAUACAUCAAGCAAGCCUGGCGAGCAAGCGGAUAUAAUACCAUGUGUGGGAUGCACAGGAAGUAGUGAGCCAAGCGAGGAUCUUUCGACAAAUGGACCCAGGCUGAGCGGCAGCCGCGAAAUUCAAGCACGGCGGUGGGAAAACUGUGAGAAGGCUGUCCAGUGGUUUCUUUCUCUGUUGGAGAAAUGCAUGCCUGAUUACGAGUACGAACGUCUGCCUCACUACGUUCACGGAACUGUACUCGUAAGGCCAAGACAGUCAGGUCGCUCCUUGGACGGGCCAACUGAUUCAUCCGGGCUAUCGACGAAGGAGGCAAUGUGUUCUCAAGAGGAGGAGGCGACGUGGCAAGCUCUGAUGCUGAAGAGUACAUCAUUUCAGCGAAGGAGAUGCGGGUUUACUGGGAUACCGCGAGGCGUCACCACUGCCUCUAGUAAAAGUGGAGUCCUCCCAGUGUUGAGUGUAGACAGGCCCUUGAACUCUCGCAAGACUAGUUUUUUUUCAUCGCGCGUUUUUUUGCGUGACGUCGGAUUGGUCGCGGCGUUUCCUCCCUUGGGUAAAGUCAAAGCAUUGCAUUUGGAUGACGUGCGGAUCACGCAGGGACGCUGUGGCGCGCACACUAUGCGUGUGGACUUUCCACUCUCGGCAUCGACUGUUGACGUGGAAACUGUUUUUGCCGCAGAGCUAGCGGCACUUCUUGGGAGGUUGCCACAUAAAACACGCAAACAGUGGCACCGCGAGCUUCCUGGCUGCAAGUUGAAUUCGAGACAUGCGCAAGUUGUUGGAGAAUUCGUCUCGCGUCUAUUGACUCCGAGUGGAAUAGUCUUCGAAGUGGAAAACAGGUGGUGGGUGCACAACUUUAUAAUAGGCGGAAAGCGUAGCCUUAUCAGAAUCGGGGCUGUAAAACAGCAUGCUGGUGGACACCGCAGAGUGCGAUUUUCGCUUCAAAAGAAUGCAGCGAAACAGGAGGAACACAAGAACGCAGAGACACCAAUAUCUGUGCAGGACGGCAUCGAUGUUUUCAUCGCUCUGGUACACGAUGCAGGUCGCCUACAGGGACUAUUCGUCCUUUCUGGUGAGUGGAUGGACAGCGUCGGCAACCUUCAACGAGAAGGCCCGGAGUCGUUUUCGGCAGGCCGCACAAAAGUGACGCUGACGUUACCGCCUGUAGCUGGCGCAAUCGGUUUUGGGGUGGUCUCCAAAGUAUGUUUGGACGCCAAUGCGCGCGAGCAUGUUAUCUCCUCGUACAUUGACUUAUUGGAUCCGGCUGUUGAUUACCCAAAGGCACAAGAGAAGUUGCGGAUGCUCGUGCUAGCCGCAAAUGCGGCGCAACAUGAGAAAUAGAUGAUGAAGCAAGUGGAGAAAGUGAAAG